UAGUGGUAGACAUUUUCAAUACGGCUACUGCUUCUGAAUGGAUACAUCUUCUAGGUAACAAUUCCCUGAAAGGAGAUGCAAAGUAUUCAUAUUUGUAGAUAGACACGUUUUGGGGCAUACCAUUAUCUGAAUCUCUUCAGUUGAACUUGGCUGCAGCUUGAGAGCACACCAUUUAGACUAGUUACCGGUAUAUUGCUGUCAUCAUAUUUGACAGUGUUACAAAUCUGCACAGUUUUGCCAAGAAAUGACAGCAGGUACAAACAUGACAGACAUUGAAUCUGAUGCAAGUAAAGAAAAGGUCGCUGCGGAGCCUGCAGAGGAGACACCAAUGAAAGCAGAGGAAAAGCGCCCGGACGAUGCUGAGGAAAAGAAUGGGAAAGGGGAUAGUAAAGGAACCAUCCAAGAGCAGGUCCCCGUGGCUGUGGAGGAGCCCGAGUUCGUGCAUCCAGAAGGAGGAUGGGGGUGGGUGGUUAUGCUGGCUGCAAUGUGGUGCAAUGGAGCGGUGUUCGGAAUCCAGAACGCCUUUGGCAUCCUGUUCAUGUCCCUCCUGAAAGAAUUCGGCUCACCAGAAGAUGAUGACCUCAGGUUUAAAACAGCUUGGGUGGGCUCCCUCUCCAUGGGGAUGAUCUUCUUCUGUUCUCCCAUCGUCAGCGUCUUCACAGACCUGCUGGGCUGCAGGGUGACAGCCGUGGGCGGAGCCGCCGUGGGCCUGGUGGGACUGCUGGCCAGCUCCUUCGUCACGUCCCUGGGUCCCAUGUACUUCACCUACGGCAUCGUGUUCGCCACGGGCUGCUCCUUCGCCUACCAGCCCAGCCUGGUGAUCCUGGGACACUACUUCAAGAAGCGCCUGGGCCUUGUCAACGGCAUCGUGACGGCCGGCAGCUCUGCCUUCACCGUCACCCUGCCCUUCCUCCUGUCUGGCCUGCUGGAGAAGGUGGGCCUGCAGAACACCAUGAGGGUCCUCAGCAUCCUCAUGUUCAUCCUCAUGCUGGCUGGGCUAACCUACACUCCCCUGCUGCCCAAGCCUGUCAGCAGCAACAAGCAAGGCAGCCGCUGCCCGUCCAUGAGCAAGCUGUUCAAUGUCAACAUCUGGAAGUCUCUGGGCUACCGGAUCUGGGCCUUCGGCAUCCCGGCAGCCCUCUACGGAUACUUUGUGCCUUACGUUCACCUGAUGAAGCACGUUGAGGAGCGCUUCGGAGAAGACGCCAACAAGGAGGUUCUGCUCAUGUGCAUCGGCGUCACGUCUGGCGUGGGCCGCCUCAUCUUCGGCCGGGUGGCAGACUAUGUACAGGGAGUCAACAAAGUCUACCUGCAGGUGUCUUCGUUCAUGGUCAUCGGCGUGAUGUCCAUGAUGAUCCCUCUGUGUCAUGUGUUCGGAGGGCUGAUCGCUGUGUGUCUACUCAUGGGCCUGUUUGAUGGCUGUUUCAUCUGCAUCAUGGCCCCCAUCGCCUUCGAGCUGGUGGGCUCCCAGAACGUGUCCCAGGCCAUCGGCUUUCUGCUGGGCAUGAUGUCUGUGCCCAUGACCGUGGGGCCUCCUAUUGCAGGGUUCCUGAGGGACAGACUGGGGAGUUACGACGUGGCCUUCUAUUUGGCUGGUAUCCCUCCCAUCAUCGGUGGGGCCGUGCUGUGUCUGAUCCCCUGGGUGGAGGCUAGACGUAUCAGGAGAGCGCAGGAAGAGGCAGCCAAAGAUGGCACCCAGGAGCAGAUGCUGUAGUUCAAGUGAAGACCGCAACCCCCGAAUCUGUCGUCUAAGUCUCCCAAAACACACUCAAAACAAAGAGAUACACCCAGACAUACAUACAGACAGUUCAUAUUCACUCGCAGGAACUUGGAACUGCUGAUUAUCAUAUUUUCUAUGAUACAAGUAUAGAUGUAUUGACCUGUGUAUGUAUAAACAAUCUUUUAAUGGCUGCUUUUGCAGGAGAAUGUGGGGGAAAUGCUGAAGUAAUAAUACAUAUCAGUUAUACGCAUAGAUACUCAACAUACACAAUUGAACAUUCAUGUGAUCUUGAAGAGCAAUGCAUCGGAUUGUUGUUUUCCAAUCUUGCAGCUGUUGAAUUAACUUGAAGGUUAAAAUGGAAAAUUAGGAAAUCUCGUAUUUUAUAUUUCUUACAAGGGAACGCACGCUUUACUUGGGUGCUUUUUGAAGGCUGCAAGCACUUAUUUACAUAAGAAUAGCAGUGGCCAGUCUCGCUAGCAAAUUCCCUCGUUUUCAAUGUGCAUUGUUUAAGGGCAUUGAGGAUCAUUCUCAUCAUUGCCUAGAAAUGUUCAAUACAAGCUUGAAUAUAGUUUUUAGGCUUUGCAGAAUUUUGGAAAGAAAAACAAACUAUAUUUAUUGGGUUUGUUUUAAAAACUAUAUUUCCAAUAAACGCUAGGGACAUAAUUGACCAUAUAUGGUCAAAGAAACUGUAAUAUCAAUUUUUUCUCAAAUUACCCCAAUCAUCCCAUAAGUAGAAUAGGUAAGUAAAGUAUGUUUGGGACACAGGUGUUGCUUGUCUUGUCUACAGUAUAACAAAGAAUCUACUGCUGAGUAGAAUUUAACUGGGAAAAAAGCUGCUUUUAAAAGUCAACCCUUUUCUGUUUAUAGCACAGAGUGAUCUGUGGGGGUUUGAUACUCUCUUAAAACAUGGCAAGAUUGUGAAUGUGUGGGGAAUUUGUGAGUAAUAUGAAGUAUGACCUGAGCAUACAAUAUCACUUCAAAGAAGUGCUUUAUGAGAUAAUGGGUGGGGAGGUAGUUCGUUUCUAGUGGUUGUACGGCUUACUAUUGUCUUAGUUUUAAAGGUCACCUUGAAGGUGCUAGGGCACCUCAAGGGAGCUGCUUGAAGCACAAUUACAGCGUCCCACCCGUGAAAUAUGAAAUGCCAUCUCAAGGCUGCAGUACUCUGGACCUGAAAUAGGCCUGACUUUACCUGAGGCUGUAUUCAGUUGUUAUUAUCUCUAAUACAGUAUAACUUGAAUGCGCCGUACACCGUGCCUGAGAAUCCUUUUCAGAGUUUUUGCGUCAGAACCACCAUUGUCAUUUUUGUAUACAUAGUUUAUAGCCAGCACAGAACAGGAUCCUCAAACUGAACGUCUACUUGUCUGACUAUGCAACGUGAGUAAAUGAUGAACGUCAAUGUUGAUUUAUAGGGAGUAAUUUACAUGAAACGGGAAUGAAUGAAUAUUAUGAAUUGAUUUUUAUUGUUGAAGUUGGCAGUAUUUUGUCCAGCACAUAUAGGCUAGUAACCAAUGUUAUACUUUGAUAUAUUCUAAUUGUAGUAGGCUCACUCUGUCCACCAUAUUUCAAAUGUAAUUUGGGAUGUAAUCAUUGACAAAUGUGACCAUUGACUAUGUGCUCAGUUCAUUAGCCUCUUGUUAUAUUUGUUUAAUGAUAAUAUUUUUCAUAUUUGUAUUUAUUUUUUUCUAGAAUUUGUUUAGUGGCUGAUGUCAUGCCAUAACUAAUUGGUGUUGGCCUUUCUCAUAUUAUUUGAUGUUUUGAAGACCAAAACAACCUUUUGUAUUGAUAAUUUUGGGUGUGCCCUUGAAAUGUAAAGAAAAUGGCUGAUUUAUCUAUGGUCAAUUCUAUUUGCCAAAGCACCACCCUCAGGAUAGUUUAUUAGGCCUUUCAAACAUUUUAUGUUUCAAAUCACCCUCCUGAAUUUCAACAAUCAUUGAUAAUUAUAAAGAUUGCUCUUGGAGAACUUUAAGACCCACAACUUUUACAGUGAAGGAUUUUAACUCGACAAUCCCUUGACCACUAAGCACGCAGAAAAGUCAUAACUUAUCAAAAUCCAAACUAUCCAGCUUUGUAGGUCAUUGGUUUUGCCAAGGCAAGACUUGUGACACAAUCUACCUCAGAUGUCAUGCAAAUUUGUAGUAUUUUGUCCUAACAGUAUUUGCAGGACAGAAAGAGGCUUUAGGUUCAAACCAUUACAAAACAUGACCAUCAUGUGUUUGGGCAAUAUUUCCCUUCCACUGUAUGUCCUUAUACAGUAGAUAUCCAAACAUUAGGAGAGAGACUCUGUAAAAGAGUCUUUCAGCUUCCUAGCCAUCACUGUUUGCUCUGAACGGGAUUGCUGCCUAUCUGUACUACAGAACGGUGUUUGUGUCUGAGAAGUACAGUACUUCAGUAGGAAUUUUGUGACCGGGGAAAUGCAAAAAAAUCACUAAUUCUGAGAAGAAAAGUUGCUAUCUUGAACUUAAAUCUUGCUUUGGGAAUGAUCUAUUUUUUCUACGCUUUCAAUUUCCAGUUUAUAUUUUUUGCUAUCAAUGUGAGAAUUAGAUAAUACCCAUGUCACAAGGAAUAUUUUGGAUAGAUUUUUUGUUUUGUUUUUCUAACCAGAGCAUAUGUUUCUAUUAGAGAAAUGUCAAAUUAUAUAUUUGUUUUAUCAAGUCUUUUUUAUGUUUUAUGUUAAGUUCAUCUUUAGUUAUAAUUGCUAUAUUUUUUACUUUUUACAUCAUAGACAUACGCAGUUGCACAAUUCACCAAUGAAAGCCUCAGGUAAUUUCUCAAGUAAUAGAAAUUCCUGAAAUUGUACCCCGGAGGUUUACUGAGAUACGUCUUUGCCAUACACGCCUUAGUAAGUGUUUUAGUAUAAUUAUUCAUUACAUUAUCUCGUACUGAAUGAAUUCAUUGCCAUCCAAAGAAGUUUGUCACUUUUUGGGAAUGUCCCAGUAUUUAGAUCAUAUGAAGAGAAUGUAAAGAUUAGUUUAUGCAUGUUCUAUUUUUGUUUAGUGGCUAAAGACCAAAUUCAACAGCAUAUUGUUUGAAAUUAUUCAAUUAACAUGUUUCUACUGACAUAUGUAGGUUAUAUAUAGAUUUUAUUCAAACUUUUGCGGUUCACAGGUGUAAUUAAGAGUGUAUAUCUAUGCCUAAUGCAACUAGAAUUCUACAACACUGCACACUGUAAUGUCACAAAAAAUAUCAACUUUGCGGCUUUCACUUUCACCCCAUGUUUUGUGCAUUGUCCUUAUCUAAUUUCCUUGUUCACACAGAUACAGUAUGUAUGUAUUUCUUUAAAAUACACAUUUUAUAUUGCUGAUAAUUAAAAUCCCUCUUAGCUUUAUGUAGUCAUUUCAGCAUGUUAUUGCUUUUCAAAAUGCCUUCAUAUUUUUUGAAUUGCAUGAUUUCAUGUUUUAAUUUGAUUGUAUGAAAUGUAACAUGUCAUAGUACUAUGUACAAUGAAGUACUAUGUACAACUGAAAUUAAAAUACAUAUUUUGAACAAAG